AUGAAACGUAGUAACGAUAACAGUAAUCAAAGUCAUGAAGAUGCUAAAAAAGCAAGGCAUAAUCCAAAUAAUAGUAGUGACAACGUUUUUUUAACAAGAGCACUAAUAGCUGAUUAUUAUCAUAAAGCCGCUCCGUUGAGAUUAAAGCAAUCCACAAAUCGACCUUCAAAAAUUUAUCAAAAAUAUUCUACAAAUAUUAUUAGACGAACUGUAUAUCUUGGAAAUUUACCACCAAAUGUAGAAGUUUAUAAACUUAUAAAUCAAAUCAAAGUUGGUCCAUUAGAGUCUGUAAAACUACAUCCUGACAGAAUUUGUGCCUUCAUUUCUUUUAUGAAUGCUACUCUUGCAAAAGCAUUUUAUGAUGAAGCUACGAACAACCAAAUUUUUUAUGAAGGUCAAGAACUUUACGUUGGUUGGGGUAGAUUAUCAGCUGUACCUUUAGAUGUUCAAUUAGCUGUUGAAGAAAACAAUGCUUCACGUAACGUUCUCCUAGAAAAUUUGGAUGAUUCGAUCACUGAAAGGAUUUUACAUAGGGAUUUGGCUGAAUAUGGUUAUAUUGAUACUAUUCAAAUUAUCAGAGAAAAAAAGAUUGGAUUAGUUCAUUUCUGGAAUAUUUCAAGUGCCAUUAGAGCAGUCGAAUCAUUACCAUCAAAAUACGCAUACAAAAGGGUUAAAGUUGAUUAUGCCAAAGACCGGUGUGAAAUAUAUAUGGAAAACACUCUCCUUCAAAGCUUUGGAAAUAAGGCAUCUCAUAAUCCUUAUCUUGAUGUUAUGUCAACAACUCGUAAUCCUUAUCUUAAUGAUGUGACAACAACUCGUAAUCCUUAUCUUAAUAAUGUGUCAAUUCAUGAUCAUAAUCUUAAUGGUAUGUCAUCAACUCAUAAUCAUAGUCUUAAUGCAAGCACUUUAUUUAACAAAAGAUAUCAUCCCAAUGAAAAUCAACACGCCUUAUCUGAAGAAACUAUGGCAAAUGUCACUAGCAAUGUUGGAAACCGAAGUGUUUAUCUUGGAAAUAUUCACCCCUCAACUAGAUCUGAAGAAAUUUGUAAUUAUAUUCGUGCCGGUAAUCUUGAAUGUAUUCAAUACAUCCCGAAAAAACAAGUUGCAUUUGUCAGAUUCCUUGAUCCAAACAGUGCAACGAGUUUUUUGUUUAUGGCGCAAAAUCUAGGCUUGGUAAUCAAAAAUAGAAAACUUAAAGCUGCUUGGGGGGACAAUCCAGGACCAUUGCCUAAAGAUAUAGAGUAUGAAGUGAAGAACAGGCAUGCUUCUCGUAAUAUUUAUAUUGGAAAACUUGGUGAAGGAGUGACCGAAGAAAAACUAUAUAAUGACUUUAAAAAGUACGGCGAAAUAGAAUCAACUAAUCUUGUCAAAGAAAAAUCAUGUGGAUUUGUCAACUUUAUGUCUAUUAGUUCUGCAAUCAGAGCAAUGAAGCUUAUUAAAGGAAACGACGAUUACAAAGACUGUUAUAUUAAUUAUGGAAAAGAUCGUUGUGGUGAUUGUAGUGACGCCAAAAAUAGAAAACUUAAGUCUGCUGAGGAUGACAAUCCAGGACCAUUGACUGAAGAGGAUGAAAUGAAUAACAGGCCUGCUUCUCGUAAUGUUUAUAUUGAAAAACUUGGUGAAGAAAUGACCGAAGAAAAACUAUAUAAAGACUUUAAAAAGUAUGGCAAAAUAGAAUCAAUCAUUCUUGACAGAGAAAAAUCAUGCGGAUUUGUCAACUUUAUGUCUAUUGGUUCUGGAAUCAGAGCAGUGAAACGCAUUAAAAGAAAAAGUGGUUACAAACACUGUAAUAUUGAUUAUGGAAAAGAUCGUUGUGAUGAUGAUGGAGUUGCUACAAAUUUUUUAUAUAAAAUAACAGAAUUAGCAGCCUACACUUCAACUUUAGCCUCUGAAACUUAUCAAACUUUAACUGAUCAUUCCAUUCGGAAAUUAAAUAACAACGACAACGAUAAUAAUAACGAUUUUGAACCUCCGCCACCAUACGAUAGUUCGUGGACUAUGCCACCACCAUCUGUGACUCCCAACUCUGGUAAAAAUUCAUUAACUGUACCAGCAUUAUCUUCUUCACCAACUGUACGAGAACCAAAUAAUAAAAAUAAUAAUUGUCCUCGUCGUAAACCAAUACGUGUUCGUCGUAACCGUAGACCACUCCCAGAUAUGAUUGCAGAAGGUAAAGCUGCACUGACAAGCACAGUGGAUAUUACAAGAAGACUUACAAAUUCUUCUUCAACAUCAUCCGAUUUUGAAUAUUUUGGUUCAGCUCCUCCAAUGUCUAGUUCUUUUGAUUAUGGAUAUGGUUUAGCUCAAAGUGGUUAUUCAUCACCAACAGGUUAUGAUUCACCACCAAUAGGAUUCUAUUCUGCCAACAACACUUCUUCUACUGCUAUAAACACCAACACUACCACUUCGUCGUCGUCUCAAAUUAAUCGGAUCGUGAUAGUCAAGUUAGCGAGACAAUUUUAA